CAUCGACAUCUGGAGUCAUUCGGAAUUCGCUUCUACCCUACGAUUAAAAUUAUGACUGCCCCGCUUUCCGCUAACAACCACCCACUUGGGUCUGCAGUGCCACCCUUCACUCAGCAUGCGAUAUCUGUCUCACUCCCUACAUGGGCAGACAAUGUGGGAUAUGAGGAAGGAGAGAAGCGCGUCGUUGAUGCAAUGGUGUCCGGAUACCCAAGGUUCUUUAUCCAUCUAAGCAUCCAAAAGCUUGCACGGAUAUGCGAGCAGAAAUUUGGAGUGCCCGAUGAAAAGUGCAUACUAUUCCCAUCCAAGAAGAUCGCAGAUCGGUGUCGAUCUUUCGUUCUUGACCGAGCAUCAUUAGCAGGCACACCAACACACGUGCGGCUCGUGCAGUAUCAUAUUUGCCCCGAGGACACCCUAUUACCAUUUCCGCAACCCACUGUAGAGCUACACAUCGUGCUCUUCCCCUCGGACGCCUGGCCUCUCGCGAAACAGUUCUGGCAGCAUACGGGUCUUGGCAUCUCCUCCCGCCUCGCCGAUUACUGUCUCUCCCUCCUCCAGGCAGAACCACCAAAUUCUCCAGUACCCUCCUCCCCAACGUCUCCCCGUGCUCCGUUCAAGGCGCUCAACAAGCACUAUAGCGUCAAGCAUACCCCGCGAUCGCCAUCCUUUGGAACGGCUCUUCCACCUAGUCCGAACCCGCAAGAGGUACUCAGUAAAGACCAGAGUACAUAUCUUGAAGAGCGUUAUGGGAGAAACCUCCCAGUCAGCGCGGGUUCUUAUGCAAAGCGGGCUUUGCGCAGACGGAUUGCUGGUGUGCUCGUCAGAGAUAACUGGGAAGACAGUCCGCAGGGUCCAUGCGCAGGCGCACACGAUGUCGAAGUGGGGCCCAGUCACCGAGGAGUGAGGGAUGUGACGGAGGACGACGUGUACUUGUUCUCAACGGGCAUGACUGCAAUUUGGAGUGCGCAUCAAUUGAUUCUAGGCGCACGGCCACCAGCCAAGAGCGUGUGUUUUGGAUUUCCAUACACGGAUACCCUAAAAGUCCUUCAAAAAUGGGGUCCUGGGUGUCAUUUCCUCGGACACGGUCUCGACUCAGACAUAGGCGUGCUGGAGACAAUUAUUAAACAGGAACUUUCCGAGAACCCUUCUGCGCCGCCUAUCGCAGCGCUUUUCGCAGAGUUCCCGUCGAAUCCUCUCCUUCGCUCCCCUAAUAUCUCCGUCCUCCGUGCUCUUGCAGACAAAUAUGAUUUUCUCCUCGUCAUAGACGAGACCAUUGGAAACCUCGUCAAUGUCGACGUGCUGCAACAUGCAGACAUCGUUGUGAGCAGCUUGUCCAAGAUCUUUAGCGGUGAUGCAAACGCUAUGGGCGGAAGUUUAAUUCUCAAUCCUCAAAGUCGCCACUACGCGACGCUCAAAGCAUACAUGUCUUCUACCUAUGAAGACACGUACUUCGAUGAAGACGCCGUCUUCAUGGAGCGCAAUUCCCGAAACUUUAAACGGCGCAUUCGCAUCAUCGACGAAAAUACGCUCGCCGUCUGCGAGUACCUACGGUCGAGAUCCAUUUCAGGCGGAACCCUCUCAUCCCCUGUUAUCAAAGAGGUCUUCUACCCAAAAUACAUCACGCCUGAAAACUACCUCUCGUGCAAGCUCCCGGAAGGAGGCUACGGAGGGCUCUUUUCACUCACGUUCACCUCGACUGCUGCUUCGCAGGCGUUUUUCGAUAACAUGCCAUUUCAGAAGGGACCGAGUCUGGGAACGAACUUCACGCUCGCGAAUCCGUAUACCAUUCUAGCACAUUAUUUGGAGCUCGGAUGGGCGGCGGAGUACGGCGUAGAAGAGGGCUUGGUCAGGAUUAGUGUUGGGAUGGAGGAAAGGGAGGGGCUAUUGGAGGGUUUCAAAGUGGCUCUGAGAGCUGCAGAGGCUGCGACGUGACAUGAUGGCGUCUUUUUGGAGUGCUCCAACAGUACUUUGCUUCUUUCUACCGUUCAACUCGGUGCUUGCAAUGUAAAGGGUCGUCCAAUCCUUUGGCGAGUUAAUACCUCUUAUGUUUGGCUAUCUGGCGUCAGCACACUAACAAAAAUUGU